AUGAUCGCAGAGCCGAACUAUUCUUCAAGGGACAAGACUGAACACGUCUCGAUCUUCUCAUCCCAACCACCCAUCUUCAUUUUGCCAAUGCAUCUCUCCCUGGAAGAGCUGGACGAGGUUGAAGGCCGGUUGAUAGACUAUGGUGGGAGAUUGACCUAUGACAUUACCGAAGCUGGCCUCGUUCUGGGGAAAGUCGGGCGCGCGAAGCGUGCAGCGCUAGAACUGCGCACCCGCGGUGUCUGGACAGAGGAGCUCAUACUCAGCUCAGCUUCGAAAUCAAUUAGUGGUGCCGAGCCCCCUCCCAAGCGCAGGCGCACAGAUCAGUACGAUGGGACCAAAGAUGUCCCGGUUGAAAUUAUAGAUCUCGGUACUGAGUCUGAAGGCGAGGACGGAACUACAAAUCGACACGACUCUUCAGAGCCCCCAAUUCCAGAGGGAGAGGCGAAGGCAAUCAAAAAUUCAAUCACAGUCCUGAAGCUCGAGUGGCUGGACGCCUCUAUCACAUCCGGCGAAUGCGUGUCUCAGGACCCAUUCGUUGUCUACCGUGGGCGAAAGAUCCCUUCUCCUCCUCCUACGACAGGGCCAGAAAAUAAGCAAGAUGUCCUUCUACAAAAAUCAAACCAAAUCAUCCAGCGUGCAAAGCAGGAUGCUGGUCUACCAACACCACGAACUCCCCCUCCGGAUUACAUCCACGCACGGCGCUCAAAGGAAUCUCCCGACGGGUCUUCCCAGCGCCCCCGACCAACGCUGUAUAGGCAGACGACCUCCGAACACGAAAAAGAGGCGGAAGAAGCACCCCCACAACCAGACUGGGUCCGGGACCAUGUCGUAUACGCAUGUCUACGCUCAGCACCUCUACACCCUCCGAACGAAGACUUUAUCUCGCAACUUGUGAAAAUCAGACGAAUCCGCGAACUCACCCUCGAUGAGAUCGGCGUGCGUGCAUAUAGCACCUCCAUCGCAGCACUGGCAGCAUAUCCCCAUCCCAUCCAGCGGCCGAGCGAGGUCCUCACUUUACCAGGGUGCAACGCCAAGAUAGCAGACUUGUUCUUCCAGUUCCAGCAGCACGGUGGCUGCGAGCAUACCGACGACGACGGGAACGUUGCCGCUGCCGAAGCGCUGGAGACGGAUCCCAUGCUCCGUGUUCUGAACUCGUUCUACCAGAUCUGGGGUGUUGGCGCGAAGACAGCGCGCGACUUCUACCAGCGUGGGUGGCGGGAUCUUGAUGAUAUUGUCGAGCAUGGGUGGGAUACGCUCUCGCGCGUGCAGCAGAUUGGAGUGAAAUUCUACGAGGAGUUCCAGGAGGGUGUUCCCCGUGGUGAGAGCGAGGGGAUUGCUACCGUGAUUCGAGAUCAUGCUGGUCGGGUUCGGGGGGAAGAUGGAAAUGGGAUUGAGUGUGUGAUUGUUGGUGGAUAUCGUCGUGGGAAGGAACUCAGUGGUGAUGUUGAUAUUGUGGUGAGUCACCGUGAUGAUGCGGUGACUCGGAAUCUGGUUGUUGAUGUUGUUGCGAGUCUUGAGGCGGAACGUUAUAUCACUCAUACGCUCGCAUUGCAUUUGACUUCUUCGCUGCGUGAGCAGCAGACGUUGCCUUUUAAUGGUGACGAUACAAGGAAAUUCGAUACUUUGGAUAAGGCAUUGGUGGUUUGGCAAGAUCCGCAUUUCGACGCUACAACCGUUGGACAUAAUGAGCAUCAGGAGAAAAAGAAAAAUCCAAAUAUCCAUCGUCGUGUCGAUAUCAUUAUAUCGCCUUGGCGAACGGUCGGCUGUGCGGUACUCGGCUGGUCUGGUGAUAUGACAUUUGAACGAGAUCUACGGCGGUAUGCGAAGAAGGCUCGCUCAUUGAAGUUUGAUUCGAGUGGUGUCAGAGACCGAACUAGUGGAAGACAGGUUGACCUGGAACGUGAUGGAGACACCUGGGAGGAGAGGGAGAAACUUGUGAUGGAGGGACUGGGGGUAGGCUGGAGACCGCCAGAGGAACGGUGCUCGAGAUAG